AUGGACAAUGUAUUCACUAAGCGAAAAGCCCUGUCAACCAUCGCCAAAUUAUUUGAUCCGCUUGGAUUCUUGUCUCCCAUUAUAAUUAUAGCAAAGAUCUUUAUACAAGAAUUAUGGGCUUUGAAAAUAGGUUGGGAUGACUCUCUACCAUCUCACUUUGAAAGUCGAUGGCGCAGUUUUCUAGAAACCCUUCAAGAAAUACCUAAAAUUACUAUCCCUCGGUGGAUAGGGUUCUCAAGUCAACAUGGAAUCGAAGUUCAUGGAUUUUCAGAUGCUUCUCAAAAGGCUAUGACUGCUGUCUUGUAUCUUCGAGUCACCGACUCUGAAGGAUUAACCACUGUCCAUUUCGUAGCAUCAAAAACAAAGGUAGCACCAUUGAAACGUCUUACCAUUCCCAGAUUAGAAUUGUGUGGAGCUGUAUUGCUCACUAAAUUAGUUUCCCAUUUUCUUACGGUGCUUGAAUUAAAGAAUUUGCCUAUAACCCUCUGGACUGACUCCUCAAUUACUCACAUAUGGUUAAAUAAUCAUCCAUCUAAGUGGAAAGAGUUUGUACGUAACAGAGUCAGCCUUGUUCAAGAAACCUUACCCCAAGCGGAAUGGAGAUUCGUGCCAGGCCAUUGUAACUCAUCAGAUAUAGCCACUAGAGGUGCUACCCCCUCUCAGCUCUUAGAUCAUUCUGAAUGGUGGAGCGGCCCUCAAUGGCUCUCACAGGAGAGAUCAGCUUGGCCACAGAAAGUCACGCCAACAUGUCUUAAUGAUAAGCUCGAAGAACACUCCUCUGUUGUACAUGUAGUUACAAGCAGACUACCGAUUCCGCGGUCAAGUCCUCUCAUCCGCCUCACUCCCUUUCUGGAUGCAUUAGGUCUAUUGCGAGUAGGCGGUCGUUUACAAAACUCACUUCUAAACGAGGAAGAAAAGCACCCCUGGAUCUUGCCUCGAAAGUCAACACUGACUUCACUUGUCAUAGCAGACGCUCAUUAUCGGGCAUUACACGGGGGAACGCAAGUUACACUAUCCUUAAUUCACUCAGAAUACUGGAUCAUAGGAGGUAGAGCCCCAGUAAGAUCUUGGAUCCUCAAAUGCGUUAAAUGCACUCGCUUCCGCCAACAACGAGCUCAGCAAUUAAUGGGACAACUCCCUACUAAACGUAUCACCCCUUCUCGUCCAUUCACUCACACUGGCAUUGAUUAUGCUGGCCCUUUCCUAAUCAAGACCUGGAGAGGAAAGAAUGCACGCACUUACAAAUCCUAUGUCGCUCUGUUUGUCUGUUUCGCCACGUCAGCAAUUCACUUGGAGCUUGUAACUGACUAUUCAUCAGACGCUUUCAUAGCUGCUUAUAAGAGAUUUGUGUCAAGACGAGGAAUUUGUUCCACGCUCACAAGUGAUUGUGGCACAACGCUUAAGGGAGCAGAUUCUGAGUUACAAAGGUUAUUCUCACAAGCUAAGCAAGAAUCCUCUAAACUAGCAGUUUUAUUAGCCAACAGCGGUACUCAGUGGCAAUUUAACCCCCCUUCAGCUCCACACUUCGGAGGCAAGUGGGAGGCCGGCGUUAAGUCAAUGAAACACCAUCUUAUUCGAGUUGUUGGCAAUACUACCUUUAUGUAUGAAGAAAUGAGCACUCUGUUGACUCAGAUUGAAGCCGUAGACUGA